AGCCCUUUGUUUAAAAUGACACUUCAAUAAUGUAAACAUUAUCUUUGUGAGUUAAAUUAGGUUUUCCAAUCUAAGGUCUUGGCUCCUCUCCGGGUCUCAGAAUAAGUGUAGAGUGGUCAUGAGCUGAUUCUUGGGGUAAGGAAGAAGAAGAAAUAGUAAAACCACCAAAGUUAAUCAUUUUUUUUAAAGGUAUAAUAUAGUCUCUGUUUUGUUGUUUAAAUGUGUAACCUGUUUGAAGUACCUGUAAUGGUUUGUAUCUUAAAUCCGUGUUAAAAGUUUAACUUUACAAACUGUAAAUGUCUCUUGUGAAACUACAAUAGCUCACAGACAUCACAGAAACGCUUCUCUUGUUGACGUUUUGUUACCACUGGAUUCAUCUUUUACAAAAUAGUGUAUUUAAUUAAAUGUUUCAGAUGAAUCUUAAUAUAACGCGCAUUAGUCUGUACGGUUUGAUACCAGUAUGUUCAAACUGGAACUUGUUUUAGACAGUUUUUUCGCUCAAACUUCAAGUCAAUUUAGUAAAUGUAUUCGAAAGGUGUAUAAAACACUGCUGGCAAUAUAAUAAUAAUAUGAGCAUGAUAUUAUAUUAUAAUGUAAUAUUAUAUUUAGAGUGUGUGAAAGAAAGAGAGAGUUUCGUGGGCUGUUUACAGGGGAUGUUGGUGUCAGAGCCCUGCUCAAAGAAAAAGCUGCGUCCCUCUUCAUCUGUGUUGUUGUUCCUCGGAGUUUCUGUCCAAGGUGCUGAAAUCUGCUGCUCCAGGGACAGGUCACGUGACUGCGCUUCCUCCCUCUGUGAGUGCAGGAUGCUGCGUGUGUGUGUGUGUGUGUGUGUGUGUGUGUGUGUAGGCAUUGAAACACCUCAGUCCUCAUCAUGAGCGAUCCAGGCUCAUGAAGAAGGCUUUUCUCUCAAGACGGCGUCGCGGCUUCCGUGUUGUGCCAGCGUGUGGAAUCUGCGCGGGUGGACGCUAAACUUUUAGGCUUUAGCGUACAUCCUCUUCUUCUUUAUGUUCCGUGUGUUCUUCUUUUUUCUUUUUUUUAUUGCCGCUGCAGACAUUAGUGUGGCAACUGUGGAUGGGCACACAGGAGUGGGCUGCUGCCCACCAAGUCUGACUGUGUUUCGGAGGCACUGAGGAGGAGAACAUGUAAGAAUCCCCGCAGAUCCUCUCGGAUCCUCUUACGGCCAAAAUGCAGAAAGGGAUGAGACUCAAUGAUGGCCAUAUCACUUAUCUGGCUGUUUUGGCGAAGAAGGAUGGCACGAGGCGGGGGUGCCUGAGUAAGAAAAGCUCAGACAACACAAAAUGGCAUUCAAAGUGGUUCGCACUGUUGCAGAAUAUGCUGUUUUAUUUCGAAAACGACUCGAGCUCACGCCCCUCCGGACUGUACCUGUUGGAGGGAUGUGUUUGCGACAGGGCACCGUCACCUAAACCUUCUCUGUCCGCGAAGGAAUGCUUAGAGAAGCAGUAUUACUUCACAGUCACAUUCAAUCAUGACAACCAGAAGGCUUUGGAGCUGCGCACAGAGGACGUCAAGGACUGUGAUGAGUGGGUGGCUGCUAUCACACAGGCCAGUUACAGGAACCUGGCUACAGAGCAUGAGACCCUCAUGCAGAAGUAUCUCCAUCUACUCCAAAUAGUGGAGACAGAGAAAACAGUUGCCAAGCAACUUCGACAACAGAUAGAAGACGGGGAAAUCGAAAUAGAGCGGCUAAAAUCAGAGAUCGCUGGACUUCUAAAGGAUAAUGAGAAGAUUCAGUCAAAUCCAGAGGUACCUCCCAGCGAGGAUGACACUGAGAUAAAGAAGAUCAAAAAGGUCCAGAGUUUCUUGCGAGGUUGGAUUUGCCGUAGGAAGUGGAAGACCAUCAUCCAGGACUACAUCCGGUCACCCCAUGCUGAGAGCAUGAGGAAGAGGAACCAGGUGGUGUUUAGCAUGCUGGAAGCCGAGGCUGAGUACGUCCAGCAACUCCACAUUCUGGUUAACAACUUCCUGAGGCCGCUCCGCAUGGCCGCCAGCUCCAAGAAACCGCCCAUUACUCAUGAUGAUGUCAGCAGCAUCUUUCUGAACAGUGAGACCAUCAUGUUCCUCCAUCAGAUCUUCUAUCAGGGCCUGAAGGCGCGGAUAGCCAGCUGGCCCACACUUGUGCUGGCUGAUCUGUUUGACAUCUUGCUGCCCAUGCUGAACAUUUACCAGGAGUUUGUGAGGAACCACCAGUACAGUCUGCAGAUCCUGGCCCACUGCAAACAGAACAGGGACUUCGACAAGCUGCUCAAGCAGUACGAGGCCAAGCCCGACUGUGAGGAGAGGACGCUGGAGACCUUCCUCACUUACCCCAUGUUCCAGAUCCCUCGUUACAUUCUGACGUUGCACGAGUUGCUGGCUCACACCCCCCACGAGCAUGUGGAAAGAAACAGUUUGGAUUACGCCAAGUCAAAACUGGAAGAACUUUCCAGAAUUAUGCACGAUGAGGUGAGUGAGACGGAGAACAUCAGAAAGAACCUCGCCAUUGAGCGGAUGAUAGUGGAGGGCUGUGAAGUGCUGUUGGACACCAGUCAAACCUUUGUGAGGCAAGGUUCUCUGAUCCAGGUGCCCAUGAGCGAGAAAGGGAAGAUCACAAGAGGUCGACUGGGCUCUCUGUCUCUGAAGAAAGAAGGAGAGAGACAGUGUUUCCUCUUCUCCAAACAUCUCAUCAUCUGUACACGCAGCUCCGGGGGAAAACUUCACAUCACAAAGAAUGGAGUGGUGUCUCUCAUAGACUGCACACUGAUGGAAGAGCCAGAGGGGACAGAUGAUGAGUCCAAAGGGGAGCGCAGCGGCCAGGACAUCGAGCACCUGGACUUUAAAGUGAUGGUGGAGCCCAAAGAUGUCCAGCCCUUCACCGUCAUCCUGGUGGCUUCAUCCAGACAGGAGAAGUCAGCAUGGACAAGCGACAUCAGCCAGUGUAUUGACAACAUCCGCUGCAACGGACUGAUGAUGAAUGCCUUCGAGGAGAACAGUAAAGUCACCGUGCCGCAGAUGAUUAAGUCGGACACCAGCUUGUACUGUGAUGAUGUCGACAUUCGCUUCAGCAAGAUGAUGAACUCCUGCAAGGUGUUGCAGAUUCGCUACGCCAGCGUGGAGCGUCUGCUGGAGAGGCUGACCGACCUGCGCUUCCUCUCAAUUGACUUCCUGAACACUUUCCUUCACUCCUAUCGGGUCUUUACCAGCGCUGAUGUUGUCCUGGACAAGCUCAUCACCAUCUACAAGAAGCCCAUCAGUGCCAUCCCUGCACGUUCUUUGGAGCUGUUCUUUGCCAGCAGCCAGAACAACAAACUCCUCUACGGCGAACCACCCACGUCGCCGCGUGCCAGCCGCAAGUUUUCCUCCCCUCCUCCUCUGUCCAUCACCAAGACAUCCUCGCCCAACCGCAGACGCAAGCUUUCGCUCAACAUCCCUAUCAUCACAGGGGGCAAAGCCCUCGACCUGGCUGCACUCAGCUGCUCUCCCAAUGGCUAUGCAAGCAUGCACUCCACCAUGUCACCCUUCAGUAAGACCACCCUUGACAUUAACAAACUCUACGUGUCGAGCACCAUGGCCAGCAAGAUCCCUGAUGACGGCGAGACCAAAGCCGAGGGCAAGGCUGAGGAAUCUGUCUUCAACAAGCAAGAUCUGUCUGUGAGAGAGGAAUGUGAUGAGGACCCGAGUCCGAGUGAUGAAGCUGAAGCAGAAAUGUCUCCUCCAAAGUCCCCAUCAACACCCAAGAAUGUCAAGUCAAAAAACUCUGAGUUUUCCCUGUUUUCCUUUAACAAUGGCAUGGUAGUGUCAUCCUGCCGGGAGCUUGACAAUAACCGCAGUGCCCUUUCUGCCGCAUCAGCCUUCGCAAUCGCAACUGCUGGUGCCAAUGAAGGCACGCCAACCAAGGAAAAGUACCGCCGUAUGUCACUGGCCAGCACAGUUUUUCCUACAGACCAGAGGAAUGGGGACAAAGAGUUUGUAAUCAGAAGAGCUGCUACAAACAGAGUCCUGAAUGUUUUGCGCCACUGGGUCUCCAAACACUCACAGGACUUUGAGCUGAACACAGAGCUGAAGAUGAGGGUCAUUAGCUUCUUGGAGGAGGUGAUGCAUGACCCAGAGCUCCUGACACAGGAGAGAAAGGCAGCUGCCAACAUUAUCAGGACUCUCACUCAGGAGGACCCCGGAGACAACCAGGUCACUCUGGAAGAGAUCAUACAGACGGCCAUGGAGGACUGUAAGACUGAGCCUUUUGAGAGCCACUCUGCCCUGGAGAUAGCCGAGCAACUCACACUGCUGGACCACCUGGUCUUCAAGGCUAUCCCAUAUGAGGAGUUCUUUGGUCAAGGCUGGAUGAAGAACGACAAAAACGAGAGAACUCCGUACAUUAUGAAAACAACAAAGCAUUUCAAUGACAUCAGCAACAGGAUCGCCACAGAGAUCCUGCACUGUGACGAUGUCAACAUGCGAGUGGCGGUGAUCGAGAAAUGGGUGGCGGUGGCUGAUAUCUGCAGAUGUCUCCACAACUACAACGCCAUGUUGGAGAUUACGUCCUCUCUCAACCGCAGCUCAGUCUUCCGCCUCAAGAAGACCUGGCUCAAAGUCUCCAAGCAGACAAAGACUGUGAUCGAUAAGUUACAGAAGCUGGUGUCAUCAGAGGGACGAUUCAAAAACCUGAGAGAGGCUCUAAAGAACUGUGACCCUCCCUGUGUUCCUUACCUGGGAAUGUACCUGACGGACCUGGCCUUCAUUGAGGAGGGAACACCCAACUACACAGAGGACAGCCUGGUCAACUUCUCCAAGAUGAGAAUGGUAACAACAGUGCAGAUAUAAAUACAUACACGUUCAUUGUGUUUGUUAUAUUUGAAUCCAGUUGUGGCAAAGUACCUUUUGGACAGCAGUACAGUGUUGGAUGAGGAGAGCCUUUAUGAAGCGUCUUUAAGAAUUGAGCCGAAAAUUUCAUCAUGAAGAGGAUUUCUGUCUCUCAACCUUCAUACUGAGUGUACAGGAGUAAUAUAUCACAAUGUACAUACACUAUUAUUUGUAUUAGACACAGUAGGCUGUGCCCCUCUAGUAUGUGAUUCCCAAUGGACUUGUUGUGUAUACUCGUUAUUAGAGGCUGAGUAGAAGCCAAGAGCGGUUUUAUUUAUAUAGUUAGAGUAUUUAUAUGCCAUUUAUUAUCUAAAUACCAUUUCAUGAUGUUUUUUUUAACCACAGAAAUGACAUUUUAAACAGAACAUGCUAUUUAUGAAUAUCCUUAUGGGAAUGUGCAGUAUAAAAAGGCUUUCAUUGAUGAGAGCUGUUAAUUAUUAUAACAUGAAAAUCAAUUCCAACUUCUCUGCUCAGAUGUUAAAGAGACAGAAGCGCACAUAACUGCUCAGCAUGUUCAUAUAGUUCCCAUACAAACGUUAAGCCUUAUCAAAGUAGCAGCCAUUACUGCAACAUAUUUGUUACCAAAUAGAUCCUCAAAAUUAAAAUAAUAAAGGUAUUCGCCAAUCCUCUUAUUUAAUAAGUCAUUUAAAAUAAAACUUAAAGAUUAUAGUUCUGCCCUGAUUCUAAUCAAGAGCAGUAAUGGCGGACACCACCAGUAAAUAUUUCUAUCUAAAGUUAAUUAUAGAUUGUCGAUCAAUCAAAUAGCUAUUGCAGAAAAGGCAGACCAUUCAUACAGUAGCUUCAAAAAAAAGGAGAUGGUGAAGUAUUGAAAUUUUGACACUUUUUCAAAUUUUCACCUCAGAGAAAUGCUGAGGUAGAAGUGGGAGCGCUCUUUUGUCUACGGUUGAAUCAUGUGUUUGGAUGUUUCAUGUAGCCACUGAAUUACAAGGAUUAGAGAUUUGGAAGAGUUGGACUCACACUGGUAAAAUAUUUCUGAUAGAUUGGGACUGUUUUAUUUUCCGUUUGGAGAGAUGGAUUAUUUUUAUGCUGUGCUUAUCAUCACCUUACUCCCCUGGUGGGCAACAUGAUGUGUAUAUAUAGCAUAAGCAUUGGCAGUGUAUGUAGCAGAUGUAAUCAAUAUUGAGCCACUUCAGGAAGUUGAAUUCCCAGCUUUUACACUCAGAUAGUGACAGAGAUUUUAUGGUAAUCCUCUUCGGCCAGUGCAUUAUGGCUUUGCCUUAAUCUUGAAAUGGAUUAUAUACCACAAAAGUAUGUAAACUAUUUUGUUCUACAAUUUGCCAAUGACGCAGACGUAUUUGCUGUGUACAAUAUCCUGUACAGGCAGUCUGAUGCAUUUCCUAAUGUGUUCAAUGCAUAUCCCUUGAAAUGUGUUAUCCUUAUGAUCGUUCAACUCUGUAAUAACUUUUCUGUGUAUGAUACUUUAAAAACGAAUGUUGAAAGCAACUUAUAAGUGUAACACAUUCUGUAUCCUGUCUAUUCCAAUGUGGGAACUAUACAGUAGUUAUAUUGUGCUUAUUCUUGGAAUAUUUAUAGGUAUUUUUUACAGGCUUUGUAAAGAAAAACACAUAAAGCUUAAGUGGCAGGCAUGAACCACUUUCACGUGUUCAAAUCAAAUCUAUAUCUAGAACAGUAUGUGUACUGUAUUUUAACCCCACCCUUGCACAUGAAUCUUUACCCUCUUAACAGGCACAUCAAAUGUUUGCAGUGAGCAAUACCCAGUGGUAUGAGAAUUAUCUUUAAGUCUAUUUCAACAGCUUGAGUAGUUAUUUCCAGUUUUGUAUAAAAGUGUAUUCUUUCCUGAUUACCUCUUGUUAAUAAAUCUAUUCUUUCUCAGGGGG